GAGCAGAGGAGGAAUUUCUUCAGCCAGAUGCUGCUGAAUUGAUUGCCCCAGGUGUCUGUGGAGACCAACAUACUGGGUAAAUGGGGUACCUCGGUCACGCAGCGGUUAGAGAUUAGCACAACACUGUUACAGCUUGGGGCCUCGGAGUUUGGAGUUCAAUUCUGGCGCCUUCUGUAAAGAGUUGGUAUGUUCCCUCCAAGACCGUGUGGUUUCCCCGCACAGUCCAAAGAUGGUCGAGUUAGUGGGCUAAUUGGUCAUAUUGUAAAUUGUCCUGUGGUUGGGCUUGUGUUGAAUAGGUGAGCUGCUGGGCCGGUAGGGCCUGUUCUGGGCUGAGUCUCUAAAUAAAAGCAAACAUUUAAAGUGGUGGUUGAAAGGUUCUUGAUUACUCAUUGUGUCAAAGGUUAAGGGGUGGAGGCAGGAGAAUGGAAUGGGCUGAAUGGGCUGACGGACAGCAGUGACUGGCAAACGGGAUGGUGCAAGUUGAAGAUUUGGGUGAAGCUGUGGAGACGGCGCUUCACCAGGCCUGUGGUGUUUGGGUUCUGUCACUGGAACUCCGAGGGACUCUCUGCUCCUCGGUGGUCCGCGACUGGGGUGGGGGGAUGCAGUGGGAUCUCUCUGGGCAGAAGGACAAUCGGUGACUUCCGACUGAACCCUCCCCGCAGGUUUACAACAAGGAUUUCCGUGAGACGUUUGCAGUUCCUGGCUCUGACCUCAAAGCUGCCAAAUCCAUCAUGUUUAACCCGAAGGCCGAUGAGCUGAUCACUGGAGGGGUCGGAGGAGUCAAGUUCUGGAAGUACAGAGUCAACCCCAAGAGCACAAAUAAGAUCUUACCCAUGUCCAACUAUGAGCUUUUCUUGAGGGCUGACUACCCCCACAUGGGCGGCAUCUGGGUGAAGAAGGUGGAGCUGGACAUUGGGAGCCAGACGGUCCUCUGCUGUUCCGUCCAGGCUCUGUUCUGCUACAACACCGAGGGGCAGCUCCUCGUGGUGAUCCCUCAUCCACACAAGUCCUCUCUCACCGCCUGCAUUUCCUCGCCCCACGAUGAGUCGCUGCUGACUGCAUCUGGAGAUCGUGAUGUUAACCUGUGGACGAGGAAAGGCGUCUUUGUUCACAGGUUUACCGGCCAUACUCGUGCUGUCACAACCCUUGUGCUUCACCCUGAAACCAGCUCCAUCUUCAUUUCCGGCUCGAAGGAUGGCACCAUCAGGUUCUGGUCGCUGGACACACUGACUCAGCUCCUCAGCCUGCCUGUGCUGGAGGAGGGUGUCGAGUGGAUGGGACUGACGGAGGGCGGCCUCCUGUACUGCUGCUCCGGCCGACAUGCCCACAUCUACUCCCUCAGCUACUUCACUCAUUUCUGGAGCCGCCUUGGCAGCAAAGUCACUCACCUGGAUACUGCAUCGGCCCACCAGAAGACAACUCGGCUCAGCGUCCUGCUCGAGGAGGACAGCCUGCACAUCAUGUCCCCGGGUCGAGGGCUGAAACUGUCGCAAGUCCUUCCUCUUCCAACCAACACUCUGUCGCAGUAUGUCUACAACAGGGCCAAGAACCUGAUCUUCUUCCUCGUGGGCUCUGCAGAGAUCUGGAUCUACAGCAGCAAAACCAACCCAGCCUGCAGAGUGGCUGUGUGGAAUGUUUUGGAGAUACUCAAGACCGCGCAGUUCCUGGAUGUUGGUGGACAGUUGGGUCGAAUGUGAGUAACACCCUGAGACCUUUGGGUGGGGAAGGGUGGAGGCGGUGUCGGCAGAGUGGGUGCACCGUCAUGCAUUGGGGGUGUCUCACCUUCCUGGUACUCAAUGCUCCUCCUCCCAUCCCUGACGAGCUCCUCAGACCCUCCCGAUUCGGUAGUUUCUCAUCGAUUCUACUGUAUUUCUUCGUUCUACUGU